AUAUGAUCUUGAAGAAUAAACUAUUCAAACAGUUCAAUCUAGAAGUUUUCAAGGAGAGAAUUUCAAUGCUGACGGGGACUCUCGUAAGACACGGCUUCUGGAGCCAUAACUUGCGGAGAGAUGUUGUCUAUAUAAUCCCUCCUCAUAUACCCAAUCUAUCCAUCUUCAUUCAAUCGUUCAAUCCAGACGCUAUAAUGGCAACAGUUUCAGAUCUUGUGCUUCUUCUUGUGGCAGGACUGGCCAUAUCUCUUCAUAUGCAAGAGGCGGGAGCAGUUAAGUUUGAGUUAAGGAACCAGUGCGGGUACACGGUUUGGGCGGCAGGAUUACCCGGAGGAGGGCAGCAGCUCGACCAAGGUCAGACAUGGACGGUGGAUGUGCCGGCGGGGACAAAGGGGGCAAGAUUCUGGGGCCGAACCGGCUGCUCUUUUGAUGCGAGCGGCCGAGGAAGCUGUAAAACCGGUGACUGCAACGGCCAACUGAGCUGUCAAGUCUCGGGAGGCGUUCCGACCACGCUGGCCGAGUACACCCUGAAUGGAGAUGGCAACAAGGACUUCUACGACGUUUCCCUGGUGGACGGCUUCAACGUUCCUCUCUCCAUCAAUCCCACAAAUUCACAGUGUGUCGCUCCUGCAUGCAAAGCCGACGUCAAUGUUGCGUGCCCUGCUCAAUUGAAGGUGGAUGGCGGAUGCAAUAGUGCCUGCACCGUCUUUCAAACUGAUGAAUAUUGUUGCAGAGGCACCCAUGUCGACAACUGCUCUCCCUCAAGCUACUCCAUGAUAUUCAAGAAUCAGUGCCCUCAGGCCUACAGUUAUGCCAAGGACGAUUCUUCCAGCACUUUCACCUGCCCCUCUGGUACCACCGACUACAGUAUUGUAUUCUGUCCCUAGAUAUAUAUAGGAUUAUACUUCCAAAUAAUCAGCUGUGAGCUGAUCACGUAUUUAGUAUCUUAUAUAUGGUGGCAUAAACUAUCGUUUGGUAGAGUCAUAUAAAUAAGCCAUCAUUUGGUGUAAGGCAUUACAUGUCAGUUUCAAUUAUUACAGUUUAUUAUAAAUAAAAAUUUAAACUUUAAUGGCAA